GGAACUCCUGAGGUCACCAGUUUAAUAUACGAGUAUGUUCAGCAACAUCAUAAUUUAGUUUUUGAAUCGUCUUGGUUUGGUGCUCGCCGCCCUUAAUUUGGCAUUAUAUUUUGACUAUGUGCUUUGUCAAAACUGACUUAAGUCAGCAAAACUGUACGUAAUUGAAUUAACAAGCAACAUAUUAGGGUCGAAUCGUCUAUAAAGGGGUUAAUCGUGGAUCGAUCAAGUUAUGGCCCCGUCCCAUUCACGUCAGUUGUUAGUGUGGAGUGUGCCAACCAUAGUCGCUCUGCUCAGCUAUUUGUGGUUCAAAAAGAGGAGAAUUGGCGCUCAAAGUGACCCUGGGGAUACCCGGACGCAGCAGGCGUGUAUAAAUAAUACGAAGAACGAGCAAGAGCAACAGUUGAGCAGCCAAUCAGAAGAAUCGGCGACUAAAAUCAGUAGUCCUCCAACAUCAGGUGCAUCCAGCCCAAACAAGAGUUUCACGCGGUCCCUCUCUGGAGUGGAGACCACCCCGAUUGACAUUGUCAUCCCUCCUCAAUUGAGGGCCAGCCGAAGCACUUCUGUGGUGAUUUCGGACGAGGACUUGGAUCUGGAGAUCGAAAAAGUGAAGUCUAUGAGACAGACCUCAUAUUUCGGGCCAACCAAUAAGAGUGAUUCGUCGACCAAGUCUGGUGGUUCGUCGCCCAGGUCUGGUGAUUCGUCGCCCAAGUCUACUAAUUUAUCUCUAAAGUCCAGUAAUUCAUCGCCCAAAUUUGCUGUGGCUGAAACCGCAUCUCCGGCAAAGGUCGCAGAAGACGAGGUCCGCGAAGAGACCAUAAUCGAAACAAAACCGACCAACAAAGACGCACAGAAGAUGGCCCAGAAAGAGAUAGCUCAAGUCGAAGAGAAGCUAACCGCGCUGAACAUCGGUAAGUCCGGCGGUGGCAAGAAGAAAAAGAAAUUCAAGGAGCACAAGAUGCACAUGCUGAACAAUAAUUCGGAGCAUAGCAAAAACGAGACAAAUGAUUUACAGAGACAGAAUAGCGAGAGGGAUUCAGCGAAUCACAGUCCAUCGGAUGUGAUGAUGGCGAGUCCGUCACUUAGCAGCAUAUCGGAUAAUCAUAGUGAGGGUUCCAGUGAUAGUGGUAAAGGUGGUAGCGAUGUUGCCACACCGCCUCCAUCUCGCACCCCUGGUAUUGAACACAGUUCCUCCCCCUCAUACUACGAGUUCGUCAUUCCACAAGUACUGGUAGGCAAGCUAAUCGGUAGGCACGGCAGUUUCGUCACUCAUAUCAGGGAUAAAACGAAUGCUAUGAUCAUUGUUAGGAAACAUCCAACAGAUAACAAGAUGAAAGUUUGCUCAGUUGAAGGUACCAAGGAAGCUAUUGAGAAAGCGCUCAAAAUGGUUAGAGAGAAAUUCCCUCUGAAAAGGUAUCCGGAAGUAACAUUAGAAGAAGUCCACUUCACGCCCCCGAUUUCUCCAUUUUCUCUUAUUCCGGACCAUUUAUAUUUGAAACUAGUAGAAGGCAUCAACAACGACACAAUUUUAUCCUGUUUGGUGGCCCCCAACCAUCUAUUUAUGCAACAGCCUACCCAUCCGUCGUUCCCCAGUUUGAACGUCCUAACCAACUGCAUGAACGGCUGCUACAACGAUUGCCAAUCGCCGAUGCUGCCCAAUCCGAUAGCGCCGAACACCGUGUGCGCGGCUUACUCCGUUGACGGAUGGUACAGGGCGAUGGUGCUGUCAUCAGAUCCAGAGACUGAAAUGUCGUACGUGAAAUUCCUUGAUUACGGGGGCUUCGCAUAUGUAGAGAACAGCAAACUUAGACAAAUACGAGGAGAUUUCAUGUUGUUACCUUUUCAAGCUGCUGAGGGUAUCCUGGCAAACAUUAGGUCUAAAAAUGAAGAUGGCACGUGGCCUGAGGAAGCGUACAAUGUAGUCGCAGAUAUUACAAAAGGAGCGAUAAUUUAUACCCAAGUAGCAGACUAUACGGAAGACGGUGUACCGCUAGUAUUAUGUUACGUAGUAGUAGGACCAACGUCUAUAAUAUUCCUGAAUCAGCACUUGGUGGACAAAGGUUUCGCCGAGUGGGUAGCGAUGGUAGAGGACGUACCAAUUCCUUGUAGCUCCACCGACGCGACGCAACAACAAGAAAGUGACACUAUAACGACAAAACCUGAAACGGCUGCAGUCCAAGCGUAGUCCUCGUUGAUAUAUUGUUAAAUUUCCUUUUUUGUUUUCUUUCUCAACUGGACCAGGCGUCAGAUGUUCUAUAUUUGUGAAACUCCAAGGCUCCUUCAUCUUUACAGUACUUCAUCGGCCUAAUAUUUCCGGACUUCACAUAAAAUAUGAUUUUAUUGCUUACUUCUGAAUUCUCUUGAAAAAAUGCAAAUAACAUUUUCUAAUAUCCAGUGGAACCUAGUCUGAAAUUCGUUAAACAUUAAAAAAAGAAUUCAACUCAGAUAAGCAAGAUCAUAUUAUUUUGUGAUGUAAUUUCGAAUCCAGUAAGACUUAUACAAAACAUUCAAAAUUGUUUUCUCUAAGAAUAUUUACCCUUUAAGAUAUUUUUUAAAGAGCCGUGUGAUUUCGAGGAUAUGGAGAAAUUGACUAACUUAGUUACAGCAAAGAUGGAAAACUAUAUCCUGAUCUUAUGCCUGUCUUUUUCAAAACAGUCAGCGUGAUUUCUUAUAAAGUUUUAUCUCAUUAAUAGGCUAAAUGUCGUUGUCAAUAAAUGCCAAUCCCUUAUAUCAGAAACAAAUGUGGUUCUUCAAAAAUCCUCAAAGGACAAAAAAUAUUCUUGGAAUAAUAACUGCUUGAAUUUUCGGAGCAUUUUGUACUAAUAGUGCCAAAAAAUUGAAAAAAGGACCAUACUGUUUUGUUUAUAUCAUUUUGAUUGUGUACGUUAGUGAGAUUUGGAUUCAGUCCAAGAAACCUGCAAACAGAUUUCCGGAAACAUCAUCGUGAAUGCGAUCGUCUGGUGCUUGGUCUGUUGCCCGACUCGACGAAAGCAGUGAUUUUCUACUUACUAUACGUAUAACAUAUUGAGUUUUUAUUAAGUUUGUUAACGAUGCAUUUUUUAUAUUUUAUUGGCCUUAUGCAUAGGUUAAGUCGCGCGACUGAGAGGUGAUCCGGUGGAAGAAUGUCUUAGAGUCAUUUCAUCAUCAUAUGUGUAUUUAUGAUUCAAUAUGAAGGGCUUGUGACUACUGACUGACAACCCUUCGUGUUUUUAAUGUGAUUUUUUUGACUGAAUUCGGUAUUACCUAACAUGAAAAAAUGUCUGAUAGUUUAGCUAAAAUUAACAACGUACCACCAGUUGUUCAAGUCUUUGUAAACUUGCUAUGAUUGUAGCAGAGUUAAUGACAGUGGAAUAUUUUUUUCUUAAGUUGUUGUAUUGAAGUCGCAUAAAAAAAUUAUACAUAUAUACGUUUUUGUGGUUAUGCGGAAACUGGUAUCUUUUAUACGCGUGACUAUUUGAAAAAAUACCGUGCAGCACUAGAAGCUUUUAGAUUUGAACAAAUCGAUCAUGUAUCGUUCAUUCAGCGAACUGUAUCACAGACUUAAUUUGCUUGAUAGAGGCAUAUAAGGUUCUAUAAACUUUUUUAUGAAUCAUGCUGCUUUGCAAAUUAUAAGAAUAGUAUAGCUGCAUAUUAUUGAAAAUUGUGAUCAUUUCUGUUCUAUUUCACUGUUUUUCUACGAUGACUGAGAUUCAUAUUUAUAAAGAGGCCUUGAGGGUUGAUCUACCCUUGGAAACGAUGCAACAAUAACGCAUCAGCGACGUUCAAGGGAGGAUUUAACAUUUGCAUUUUACAAUAAGUUGUAACAGAUGUUAUCACAGGAUCGCUAUAUCUAUUUUAUUUUAAUGAUACAUUUGGGACAAUGGUUUAUUUUUGUGCUAAAUAUUACUAAAAAAUGCGAAAUAGUAAUUUAUUUGUUUUCUCGAAUUAAUAUUGGAUUCGAAACCAGUAAAAUGUGCGCAAAGGCAACCGGUAUUACACUGAACUCUGUGCUUUUUGUAGAAGUGGUGUUACAUAAAAAAUCGAUAUGGCGAAAAAUCGGUAUACUUGUGAAAAAAUGUUCAAUGAAAAUACAAGCAAAAAACUCAACAAACGUUGGGUACAUUGCGUUAUUUUCAGCAAACAAUUAAGCCUCUAUGAAAUGUCUGGUCUCAGUAGUCCGUUCUAUGAACCCUUUAAAUAAGAAAAAGACAGCUUUAUAAAAAUUAAUUUAUAGAGAUAUUUCCCCAGCUGUUACAACACAUUCUACUUACCUUUGUUUGGUGUUCUCCAACAAUUUUUUCAGUGGCUUUAUGGUGUUUUGUUUUGUUGAGCUUUUUGUAUUUCGCUCUCAAACAUUGUUUUACAAACUGAUUGAGCAUAUAUAUAUAUAUAUAUAUAUAUAUAUAUAUAUAUUCUAUUUUCAACGAUUCUUUAUAUGUGCCCAUUUUUGCAUUUUCUUUGCCUCACUGAAUUUCUGUUUAGUUUCGAUGCUACACAUUAUGUAAUGACUGGAAUUUUUUGAAAUACUGUAGCAAGAUAGGGUAGCUAAUAUUUUGUGGUACCAAGGCUGUACGCUGAAUCUGGCAGGCAUGACAAGUUCGGUGCAGUACUGGUUCCGAUUGUGCAAUAAAUUCAGAAAAGCAAUUACAUUACUAUUUUGCAUUGUUAAGCACAAAAAUAAACCAUAAAACUCUUCCUGGCAGCCUGUGAUUACAUCUUUUACAGCCUAUCUGUGAAAUACAAAUCCUCCCUUGAACGACCGUCGAUGAAGCGUUAUUGUUGUGUUAUUCCCAAGGGAAGAUCAACCCUCAAAUGGCACUCAGCCCUUGAGGACGUCUACAAAACAGACUCCUACGGUAUUGAAUUUCAUUUGAACAGUGUCACUUGUAUAAAAUCCAUUCUAUAAAUCCUAUAUCCAGUCAUUAUUCAUUCAUAAUAGGUGCGAAAGUUCUAGUUCAGCUAUUCUUCUAUACUUGUGUAAUCAAAUCUAUUAUGAUCGUUAAAUUUGCCUAUUUAAUACAAGUGUUUUAUAUAAAAUUAGGAAAAUCCAUACAAAAAUUCUGAAGCGUGUAUUUAUGUACUACUCCAAGCUCAAAAUAUAUUUUUUUAUCUGUUUGCAAAUGGGGAAAAUCAAUCGCAGCCCUGUCGUCAUCUUUAACCGUUUAGUAGAAUUUGGAGAAAUUUUAUAAAAAACAACUUCAAACCUUAUGAUAAAAAGCCGUUACCACUAGCUCAGUUUAAACUACCUACUUUUUAUGAUGUUGUAGCUCAAUUUUGUUUUCAGGAAAUCAACUAGUAAGAGUUUUGUCGUGAAGAUAUCAGUUAUUUUUGAUCAAUCAUAUAAACUAGUCUAAAUGACUGAAGUUUAAUAUCAUUGUUUGGCAUUGGUGAUAACAAAUAUACCUUCACUAAAUCUCAAGUUCAGAAUUAUUAAGAAAAAAUGUAUGAAAUCCACAUCCGAAAAUUACAUCAAUUGUUACUUGUAAAAACCUUUGUCGAAGGAACCAGCCCAAAUUAAAUACAAAAUUAUCGCAUUUGCUUUAAUAGUAAUUUUAGUAUAACGCAAAAUUAUUAUAUAUAAAUUUAGGUAGAUUAAUUAAUUUUUGCAUGGUAAACCAUGAGUUCAUAUUAAUUUCACAAUAUUAUGCCCAUAAUUUAUUUAUUUUAGUGGCCUUGAAAAUGUAUAUAUUAUUUUGCUACUUGGUCUCGUUAAUGCUGUUCGUGUUUCUAUGUGUCGUGUAUUGGGUUAUAUCUAUUAUAUAGACAUUGCUAUUUAAAAUGGGGAAUGCUUUUUCAUGCGUGUUCAUAUCACACAGUGGCCCAUUUUAAUCUCCCCACCAAAAAAAAGUUGUAGGAUUUCGACCUUCAAGGCACUUCCAAAUUCAAGUGAAUAUUUUGUUCACACCGAAAUUCAAAAGAUCACAUUUUAUGUCUUAACAUAUCCGUGACUAUGACCUUGUCUGCUGCCUCCAAGUCUAUUUCAAGGUCAAAUGAAGAUGAAAACAAUUUGAUCUUCAAGGUCAAGUCAAUUUUUCUCAAAAAAAAACCUAAUUUUUAUACCGGAAAUAAGAAAAUCGGAAAAUUUUACGUCAGAACGCGACUUUGACCUCAAAUGACAUUUACGCUUGUCCUUUUCUUCAAGGUCAAGGUCACAUUGUGACGUAAAAUUUCCUGCUUUUUCCAUGUCCAGUAUAUAAAUGAGAGGUAUCCUUUGGAGAUUUUGAAUUGACCUUGAACGUCAUAGUCAGGUCAUGGCCAAUGUGAAAAAGGGAGGAAUUCCACUUGAAAAUGUCACCUGAGCUUGAUCCGAUUUUGAAAGUUGUAGUCGAGAUCACCACCAUUUUGCCUCUUUGAGAGCCUACACCUUUUGUUGAAACUGUUUUCUGGAAUGCGCAGCUUUAGAAAUUUUUAGGUUGGAAGAUUAAAAUCGGACACAGUGUAUAUGGUUCCAUUAUCACAUCUAUAAAUCAAGCAUACCUGCAGAUCAAAUCUCUCAGUAUUUCAAUUUAUUAAAAUUGCAACUAUUUGCACUUGUUUUAAUUCUUUUUUGCUUCAUAUAAGUAGACCUGCAUAUGCAAAUAAUUGCCACAAACACCAUUCGUUGCUGCCGAACGCAAAAUUUGUUAGUACGACGUACUGCAAAAAUAUAUACUAAGUAGCUGCGAUAGCUCACAAACCGCCAGCGAGAAAAUGCAAGAGAGGAGAUUGUGAGGAGCUCAUAAACAGCACUACAACCCCAGGUGGUUCUUGGCUGACUUUACAGUUUUACCUACAUCUGGUACAGUCUUCCAUCAAUGUUGUGUCCAAGUUCUUUGCUAGGUGUGACUUGGUGUUAUACAGGGGCUACCUAGAGAUUUUUCACCACUUGGUAUUUCUAUUCAUUGCCGAGUCUUUCAGCGGGGCCAGCCCAUCUCAAUCGUUGUGCUUUGGUCUCUUGGACAUUAUGCAUUUUUUAUAUGUAUCCUUCUAAGUUGAAAUACAACCCACUGACUGCCCUAAAUCGCCAUUAAUCAUUUUGGUACCAUUUACUCUGGGUUGUCAUAUGAGACAACUUGUAAGCUCCUGCGAGACUUUAGGCAUGUUCCCAACUAGAAUACUUCAAAAAGGUUAAAGUUAUUAUAAUAAAAAUAUGCAAUAAUAGCAUAUUAUGUCACCUAGGAAUGUUUUUCAUGCGCUUAGUAAUGUUUGACAGUACUGCCUCUUUUCAGCCACAUUUAUGUACCUUCAUCUUCUUGCUGGACAGAUUACUAUGUAGCACUGAUACCACACAAUCAGCAAACCAUACAAUAACCCCUGCUGUCCCAGACGUACAUAGUUAUAAUUUUGUAUUAGGUAGCAGCGGUUGCGAUCAUCAGAAUCGUAAUUUUUACGUAAUAAAAGUGCAGGAGGCAGUUUUCCCUAAGUACCUAAAUGAAAUUAUUCGUGUUGAUUCCGGGUCAAAAGAUCUGCUUCUUUCCCAGAGCUCUGAUUUCCUUGUUUUUUGGACAAUAUGGCAUUCGUUUAAUUCACCAAAAAUACUUGAAUCUGAUAAUGGAACGCAGUACUAGCAACAUUCAUAGAAUUUAUGUUCCAAUGGAAAUAUUAUUUUUGUUUUAUUUUUCCGAGAACCUUCAAAAAAUUUAGGGUUUUGUGUAAAGCAUUCUGCCUAUAUGGGAAAUUUGAAGAUUUAUAUAUUUUUUGGUCUGGGUGUUAUUUUUUACAUGUCAAUGUAUAUUAUUCAAGGUGUCUCUAAGAGCCCUCCCUCACCGGGAUGCCAAAGGGAUUUCGCCAGCAUCUGUUGCCAAACCUAUUGGAAUAUAUGGAAGCUCCUGGAAUGGCAAUAGACGCCAAAAUCUCUGCUGCCACAUAGUCUAUAGUUUACGGAACUCGAGGCUGCGUGCACCGCCGUGUCAUCUCCGACUCCACCUUCUUGAUUGGUAUUGGUUCUCUAUAUGAGCUCGACCGAUCCUGUCCGGUAAUAGUUAUGCUUCCCGUUUCUUAAAAUAUAUCAACGUGCUGAUCAUGCACUGGUUGUUGAUGUCUUCGUUGGAUAGACUAUAAUAGGCUGGUUUGGCUACAGAUGCCGGCGACGUCGGGCUCUAAUAUUAACUUCCUAGCCUCGAGUGACAAAACUAUACAUUUAUUAGAAAGGCUAACGUAUGUUAUUAAUGUUUUCAACUAUGUUGUGUGUUAUUUGUUUAGGUUUAAUUAGUUCUUUUUAGGCAUAUGUUCGCAUAUCUGGCUUUUUGUACAUAGGACUUGUAAUAUAUGUUUGACAUUUUUGACUAAAUAUACCUUCUCAGUAGAA